UUUAUCUGUAGUACAUUCCAGAUGAAAAAAGCAAUGGAUGGAACAAAUCACUCCAUGGUGACAGAGUUCUUGUUCCUGGGACUCACCAGUUUCUGGGAAAGCCAACUUCUCUUUUUGUUUGCCUCCAUUUUUUGUGUGGCAAGCAUGAUGGGAAACUCCCUCAUUAUUCUCACUGUGAUUUCUGACCCUCACUUACACUCCCCCAUGUACUUUCUGUUGGCCAACCUCUCCUUCAUUGACCUGGGAGUUUCUUCUGUCACUUCUCCCAAGAUGGUUUCUGACCUUUUCAAAAAGUGUAAAGUCAUCUCCUUUGGUGGCUGCAUCACUCAGAUCUUCUUCAUCCAUGUCAUUGCUGGUGUGGAGAUGGUGCUGCUCAUCGCCAUGGCCUUUGACAGAUACGUUGCCAUAUGUAAGCCUCUUCACUAUUUGACUAUUAUGAGCCAAAAAAUGUGUAUUCUGCUUCUGGUUGCUGCAUGGAUAAUUGGCUUGAUUCACUCUGUGGUUCAACUGAUUUUUGUUAUUAAAUUGCCAUUCUGUGGCCCUAAUAUAUUAGACAGCUUUUACUGCGACUUUCCUGGGUUCAUCAGACUUGCCUGCACAGAUACCUACAGGCUAGAGUUCAUGGUCACAGUCAACAGUGGGUUUAUAUCUCUGGGGUCAUUCUUCAUAUUGAUUGUCUCCUACGUUUUUAUCCUCAUCACUGUUCAGAAACACUCUUCAGGUAGUUCAUCUAAGGCCCUCUCCACUCUGUCAACUCAUGUCAUGGUGGUGGUUUUGUUCUUCGGUCCUUGCAUCUUUGUUUAUAUCUGGCCUCAGCCCACAUCACACCUAGACAAAUUCCUUGCUGUCUUUGAUGCAGUUCUCACUCCCUUUUUAAAUUCGGUCAUCUAUACAUUCAGGAACAAAGAAAUGAAAGUGGCAAUGAGAAAAGUAUUCAGUCAAUUUAUUAUUUAUAGAAGGAUUUCUUAA